AUGUUAAUAUGCCAAAUCCUAACUGUUUUAAGUGUCCUACUGAAGAUAGUUAAGAACAAAAAUAACAACGAUCCAUGCUUCUUCCACAAUUGUUUCUGGAACAAAAACCUAGAAAAUGAAUUCCCAAUCAACAAAUUAUCAUAUACCAAUGAUGAAAUUGAAAUACAAUUUCACGGUAUUUUGAAUCUACAAAUAAUUGCACCAUAUAGAGACCAAUUGAACCGGGAUCAACUGAAAGCAUGUGAAGAAUGUAUUGAGUCAUUCAAACUAAUAUCUGAGUGGUAUUUCUCAGAUUACAACUCCUUGAAAUGUUUCAACUCUAACCUAAUUCAUACUAAACCAACAAUAUCAUUGAUACAUCCUAGUGCUUUAAUGGUGCAAAUAAAAUUAGCAAUCCCAGUAAGAAAUGGACAGACUAUCACAUUCCAGGAAAAUGGUGCGAGAUAUCUUUUUGGAAUGCGUAUACUAGAUGACCGUGAUUCAUAUAUGAAUAUUCUACAAAUGUCAUUCCAUAAAGUCUAUUUUGAAACAGAUUGGAAGACUACAAUAGUCUCAUUCAAAUUAUCAGAGCUCACUAAUUCACCCAGAGUACUUUUCAGGCAUCCGAUGAGAAUUGAAACUGAACUUCUCCUAAAAAUAUUUGAGGGAUUUGCAACAUACAAUAACGUCAGAAUAUAUGGGAAUGCCAAGAUUUCACAGGAUUUUCCGUAUCUUAAAAAUAGAUUCAGUACAGUGAUACAAUUCAGUGAUGACUACAAAUUUAAAGACAACAAUGAUUUACCUGAAUUAAAACAGAUAGAAGAACCAAAAAAGGAAAAUAAUCAAAUCCAAGUACCACAAAAGAAAAAGAAUACAAUGCUAGUUAUAGUGAUAUUAGUUGGAGUAGUGAUAGUAUUGGUGGUGUUUGUAAACUACAAAAUAAUGAAGAAAACAGUUUAA